AUGUUCAUUCUUGGAUUGUUACUCUUAGUUGGGUGUUUUGCUCAACACACUGUUUAUUAUUUUAAAGAGUCUGAUCUUGGACAAAAAGAUAAAAGAUUACGUACAUCAACUGAAUCAACAGAUCCAUCAGAGUAUAGUGUUAAAUAUGAAUUUGAUACUGAACGUAAUCUUUUUGAAAUACCAUCAAGUGCAUUUGAUUAUGAAGGGGAUCACCAAAGAAUUUAUUGCGACCCUGUAGAAGGACCAAUUAUUUUUAAUUUUAAUAAUAAUAAUCCAUGUUAUCUUACUAUUCUUCCAGAUGAUGGAGCAAAUUUUGUUGGAUAUGAUACUGAUAUUUCAAUUAGAGUAUCUCCUUCUGCUUCUAGUCAUGGUGUUAACAUCUAUACUAAUACUGAAAAAUUCUUAUCAAAACCUGUAACAUUAUUAUAUAAAGAAAAGUCUGAUGAUGAAGUUGCUACUGGUUCAUUCUUCCUUGGAGGAUGGUAUGCUAAUAAUGGCGAUAGUGGUUCUAGAUUAAAUUAUUAUAAUAUUUCAAUUAACUUAUAUUAUGAAAAUGCUAAUGAAACUAUCAAUUUCGAUAAUUUCAGACCAAGUAUUUUUGGAUAUGACAAUGGACCAACAGACUCACAAGACACUGGUUCAUUUAAAAUUACUGGUAUUUGCUUCUUAAACUCACCUAAAUUUACUGAACCAACCAAAACUAAUUUCAAAAAGUUUAACUUCCCUCUUAAUUUUGAAGACUCUUAUAAUUGUGGUUCUGAACAUUAUAAAUUAACUAUUCAAAAUGAUGAGGUUUAUAUUCAAAGUAUUGAAAUAGACAAUGACCCAGAAAAUUCUACUUCAUAUGUUUUAGUUUCCUUAUUGUCUUUACUUCUUGCACUACUCUUCUAA